AUGGCCGGUCCAGAGAAGAAGAAAUUCAAGGGCCCAAAGCCCAAGCAGGCCGAGUUUGAUAAUGGUCCAGACGUUUUUAUCAACAAAAAGCGGCGGAAGGUUCCGAAAGAUGAGCUGAGUGCCGAUGCCCCGCGGGCGUUUAGGACGCUGAUGAAGUGGCAGGCUCACGCCAAGCAGCGGGCGGAAGAAAAGCAAAAUACGCCUAAAGAAAUAAAGCCGGCGCUGAAAAUACGUAAAGGAGAGUCUAUGGCUGACUUUUCACGCCGGGUCAACGAAGCAGUGCCGCUUCCAAUGGCCAAAGGUGUGAACGACGCGAAAGCCGCCAAGACGUCGCAGAAGCAAAAGGCAAAAGCAGAGAGACUACGUGCUGAAUAUAAAGUACGUUUAGACAAGCGUCGAGGCCGCACCGAUGACGACGACCAAGCUGAUCUGGAUGCCGACAACUGGAAGAGUGGAAAGCGCGACACUUCGCCUGAUCCGUGGGCCCAUCUCCAAAAGGCCCGACCCAAGUUUGGCGAAGUCGCAGACCGCCCGCCUGAGCUCCCCAAGCUUAAGAGGCUCAGCAACGUGCCCAAGUCGGCCGGAUCGCUGGCUCGUCGUGAACUGCUCGAGACCGAGCGGCAAAGUGUUAUCGAUGAGUACCGCCGCCUCAAGGCCCGGAAAGAAGCAACGAUCGACGAAUAA